UUCAGAUGCCCUGGGGGGAAUGGCCAGAGUCCCUAGCCUGUUGGACAGCUGGACCUGGUUAGUGCUGUGAGCGGCUGUCGCCCCUCCCUGUCUCCUUUAGUGCUCCCUGACUGGCACGUGGGUGAAUGACCUGGGCUCCAGGAUGGUCAUCUCUUCCCUCAACGAUGCUGGGCAGUUCACCGGCUCUUACCUGACCGCAGUCUCUGUCACUGAUAACACCAUCCAACGAUCGCCUCUGCAUGGAGUCCAGCACCAUGUGCACCAGCGGGCGCAGCCCACCUUUGGCUUCACAGUCAAGUGGAAAUUCGCUGAAUCUACCACCGUCUUUGUGGGCCAGUGUUUCCUGGAUGCCGACGGAAAGGAGCAACUGAAGACAACCUGGCUGCUGCGUGCGGAGGUGGGAUCCAUGGCGGAAGAUUGGAAGGCAACCCGGUAAGGAAAAGUGGGGCUGAGCCAUUGU